AGAUUUCAUGAAGCUCUGAUCGAAGACGAAAAGCCGACCGUUAGAGCAGCUGUGCACAAGUUAACGGCACUUUCUGACGACUCUCUCCUCCACAUGUGCAGCGUGUGAUGGCGAUAUCGGUGAGGAUGUGGCGUUUCCUGCUCGUCGCUGCCUUCAUCGUUCCCACUGUGACUGAAGUGGUGGAUUCAGUGUCAGACUGUGCUGGGUUUCUUCUUGACGAACGUCCACCACAGAUCCCGGGAAUCUUACAAAAUGGAAACGUCACAAACCAGAACCGAUACAAAGUCAUCUGCCAGACUUAUAUGGACCAAAGAAGAUUUCUGACGCUCUACGACACCAAGAACAGGAUUCCAGUGUUUUCUGCCUACAAGUACAAAGGGGAACAAGACACGGGAGGACGCCGUCCAUUUUGGAGAAUUGAGGAACAGCUUGAAGGAAGAAACACCAACAACAUGAGAGACGACGACAACGUCAACCAGGCCAGUGACGAUGAUUACAAAACAGACAAACAGUAUAAUAGGGGCCAUUUAUUUCCAGUUUCUCAUGCAUUUGACAGAAAUGACAAAAAGUCAACCUUCACCCUGACAAACGCUGUUCCACAAGCAAUCACUUUCAACGGUGGUAGCUGGCAAAAAAUGGAGAGCUGCACCAAAUGUGUCCUGCAAAAGUACUGCAUUAAUAAUAAUGGUGACCCUGUAGGCUUUGUAGUGACGGGAGCACGGCCCAGCACGAGCAACACACUCAACAACAGGGUUAACAUACCUUCCAUGCUCUGGACAGCAUUCUGCUGUUACAGUCGCAACACAAACAGGUGGUUAGCCAGCGCACACUGGGGCGACAACAUCCCAAAAAAUGGAUCUAAAUAUCUGCAGACAAAGACUUUGGCACAACUCCAUCAAGAGCUGAGCUCAGUGGGCUCAAGGUUUGAGGCGUUUCCUGGAACACAGUGUCCUCUCCACACAACUGUUGCUGAGUUUUACCCAGAAAUGGAAAAGAAAUGCCAUUGUCCUCCCCAGGCCUCAACCACAACUACCCCUCCCACGACAACUAAACCUCAAACUACUACGAUUCCACCAACCACAACCACAACACCAACAACUACGGCCCCGACAACCACAUCCAAAACCACAUCUGCUACAACUACCACAAACAAAGAAGAGAGCUCCUCAGAAAAUACUGAGGACAGUGAGCAAGAGGAAAAUCAGGAAGAAGAAGAUGAUGACGCUGGAUUGCGGAGCCUGGACGACAUCCGUUCUUCAGUGGGAAAUCUACUGAGAGGUGCACUGGAAAGUGUACUGAGAGCUGUACGUAAAAGUGCUGACGCAGUACGAGGUGGACUGGAAGAUCUGUUUGAAAGACUCGUCUAGGAGGAAAUGCUCCACAAUCAACAAACUUCAUUCUUAAGUAAGGAUUGAUCUGUAAACUAACACAACCUCCCAGAAAUCGACAACCUUUAGUCCUACAUUGGAUGAAGACGUUUUGUGGUUUUUACUUUUAACCUUUUGAUGGAUUCACUUUGCUUAUGAUCAGUUUGUUCCAACAAUAUGAUGACAUAUUGAUCUGAAUGUAGCCUGAUGCAUACGUGUUACUGGGAGAAGCUGAGCAACAGUUACAUUACUGGUUAGAGCUUUAACACACAUUAUAUAUAACGCUGGAUGAUGCAUGUUGAUGUUUAAAGCCUGCUAUUGUCAUGUACCCGUGAAUAAAUAUUUCAUUUUUGCAUGAACUUCAUUCCUGGAAAAUGAAUGAUUAUUAAAAUGAAUUCUUGCCUGUUUCCUUUAAAA